AUGUCAGACAUAAAACACCAAGACGCUUCUUCACUGUCGAAGGCCACAUCAGAUACAAAACCCACCGCCUCGUCAUCCACCAGUCCGGAGUCAAAGCCUAUAGAUAAGAAGGAGGAAGAGGACGAGGAUCCCGAGUCACAAGAAGAUGUCAUCGACAUGGAGACGUUCCAACAGAUCAUGGACAUGGAUGAAGAAGAUGACGCCGAUGAGGAAGACGGCGAAAAACAUGCAUUCUCAAAAGGUAUUGUUUGGGGUUAUUUCGAACAAGCUGAAGCUACGUUCCAAGAGAUGGAAGAUGCUAUUGUUGCCAAAGAUCUGAACAAACUUUCAUCUCUUGGUCAUUUCCUCAAAGGUUCGUCAGCCGCACUGGGUAUCAUCAAAGUCCAAGCAUCAUGCGAGAAAAUGCAACAUUAUGGUAACAAGAGGGAUGAAGAAGCCGGGAUUAGUCUUGAGCCUACAGAGGCGUUGAAGAGGAUCCAGGACUUAUUGACUGCUUGUAAAAAGGAUUAUCAGGUCGCUAAGAAAUGGAUGGAGAAUCUUUAUGAAGAAGACAAAUAA